GACACAUGCCCGGGAAAAGAGCUCAGUUAGGAGCAAGCAAUUAAAUGACCAGUGCAGAUAUUAUUUGGUUAAAUUAGCUAUAUUGGUUGAUAGGUGGAUAACGUUAACCAACUAGAUGACAUUCUGACUCUGAAAAGUGGAAAAUCGGAUUAACAUUCAAGACUGCGCACCUAGCCUAAUCAUCUUGUCAACUGGCUGGGUUAACGUUGCUACUUCUCUCAUGGAAGAAACUGCUUAGUUGUCAACUGACAGUUAGGUCGCUACAUGCACAACGCUACUUACAAAUUCACGUUUCUCGUUAGUUGUUUUUGAUUAGUAAGUUUGUAACAACAAUUUAGAUGUGACGUGAGACAGUGAAAUUAAUUUACCUGUAAUCCUGUUGGCUGAACUGUCAGUCUGAGAUAGCGAGCUGAGUAACGUUGCUGUUAACGUUAGUUUAGUGAGCUUCAGAGGACAGUGUCAACCCUCUUCUGGAUUUUAACGCCAUCAAUUUGGGAAUUUAUUUGGUGGCUGCAUAGACAAUUUAACCAUGCCGAGCAACUGUAUCAUUUCGGAACUUUCUAUUUGUAUCGGUUGUCUUGAUUAGCUGCGAAGGUUAGGGCAACGUUAGAUAUUAACACGAGCUAGCUAGGCUAGUUGGUUUAGAAAUUGUAGUUAUAACGUUGUAGUUGGAUGUGCCAUCAACAGGUUUAGCUGGUAGUAACACAGUUGUGUCCAGCAACCUUGCCAACCAGUUUUCUUUACAGAGACAUUUGCUGUUCAGUUAGCUAGAUUACUGUCUAACGUUAACAACUUCACUCUGGUACUGACCUGGUCAAACGAGAAUGUCGGGGAAAGAGCCUAAAGAAAAGCAAUCUACCACGGAGCGGCUCGUCAAAACGGUGCCACUCCCUCCCCACCAGCGGCUCACGCUGAAGGACCUGUAUGUGGACGGCAAGCCCAACCCAGAGGUCCUGAGGAGCCACCUGGUCAAAGAGGGCCGCCUGGAGGAGGAGGUGGCCCUGCGCGUCAUCAACGACGGUGCCAACAUCCUGCGGCAGGAGAAAUGCAUGCUGGAGGUGGACGCGCCCAUCACAGUAUGCGGUGAUGUCCACGGACAGUUUUUCGACCUCAUGAAGCUCUUUGAAGUGGGCGGCUCGCCCGACAACACACGCUAUCUCUUCCUGGGAGACUAUGUAGACCGGGGCUACUUCAGUAUCGAGUGUGUGCUUUACCUCUGGUCGCUCAAAAUCACCCACCCCACAACCCUCUUCAUGCUCAGGGGUAACCACGAGUGCCGGCACCUCACAGAGUACUUCACCUUCAAACAGGAAUGUAAAAUCAAGUAUUCAGAGCGAGUAUAUGAUGCCUGCAUGGAAGCGUUUGACUGUCUGCCUCUGGCUGCUCUUCUUAACCAGCAGUUCCUGUGCGUCCAUGGCGGCCUCUCCCCUGAAAUCAACUGCUUAGAUGACAUUAGGAAAUUAGACAGAUUUAAGGAGCCUCCUGCGUUCGGUCCCAUGUGUGACCUCAUCUGGGCAGACCCAGGUGAGGACUAUGGCAGCGAGAAGACUGCUGAGCACUUCAAUCACAACUCGGUGCGAGGCUGCUCCUACUUUUUCAGCUAUGCAGCAGUAUGCGACUUCCUGACAAACAAUAAUUUGUUGUCAGUAAUAAGAGCACACGAAGCACAGGAUGCAGGGUAUAGGAUGUACAGAAAAAGCCAGACGACGGGCUUCCCAUCACUAAUCACAAUCUUCUCCGCACCAAACUACCUAGACGUCUACAACAAUAAAGCUGCUGUAUUGAAAUAUGAGAACAACGUGAUGAACAUCCGACAGUUCAACUGCUCCCCCCACCCGUACUGGCUGCCCAACUUCAUGGACGUCUUCACGUGGUCUCUGCCUUUUGUCGGAGAGAAAGUAACGGAGAUGCUGGUGAAUGUUUUGAACAUCUGUUCCGAUGACGAGCUCAUGACUGAGGGACAUGACGACCUCUGUGAAGGUUUAACCCCUCAAGUGCGCAAGGACGUGGUGAUCCGGAACAAGAUCCGUGCCAUUGGGAAGAUGGCCCGAGUCUUCUCCGUUCUCAGGGAGGAGAGUGAGAGUGUAUUGACUCUCAAGGGCCUGACCCCCACCGGUACCCUACCUCUCGGAGUGCUGUCAGGUGGCAAGCAGACCCUGCAGAGUGCCAUCCAAGGCUUCUCUCCCACGAGAAAGAUACGCAACUUCGAGGAGGCACGGGGCUUGGACAGAAUAAACGAGAGGAUGCCGCCUCGAAAGGACGGCCAGCCGACCGACCCGAACGCCAAGGACGCCGACAAGAACGGCACGGACGGAAAGGCAUAGACUCGGGGAGUGGGGGCAGUCAGGGAGGGGGGACAAGAGCCUGCUUCAAACACAACCAGGCACACACCAGUAUUUUCUCUCUUUCUUUAUUUCUAUUUCUCUCUCUCUUUCUCUGACCCCUCUAUUCCUUUCAGUUUUUGUCUGUUUCUCUUUUGGGAACACUCUAGCUAUUUUUGUUCUCUGUGUCUCUGUGUCUUUGCCCUGUCUCUCCAUCUGUCCCACUCAGUUGUCUCCUUCCCUCGUGUUCCUCUGUGGGUUUAGCAGAGACUGUGCCCCUGCCAGGCUCUCCUAUUGGGCUGGCACAAGAUGGGCAGAAAUGGCUCUGUAAGCUCAAGAGGAAGAUAUUGCUUUCAAAGGAGAGUAUAAAACAGAAAAGAAAAAAAAGAAAGGGGAAGGGUUUUUUUAUUUAUUAAAUUUAACUGUGUUAGAUGUACGUACGUAGAGACAGUUUACUGUUCGGGAGAAGGAAAGACAAACGGCCAGAUAUACACACCAUCUGUCAACAACACAUACAGUUUAGCUAAUUUGUACUCCUCAUCGUGGACCAUUGCAGAAGCACCAGCAGUUAAUCAUUUCGAUCCUCUCCUCUCCAAAUGUCCUCCAUCUCUACUACUUUGAGGGAACACUGAGCGGAUGAAUGUUCAGCAUGUGUCGUGACUAAAAGGGAUGCUUAAAUCUCCAAAAAAGAAAAAAAACAAUGCUUAACAAGGCUAUUGCAAAAAACUUUUUUUUUUCUUUUUUUUCAAAAAAAACUUUGGGGAAAGUAAUGGGAACAGAUGUCGCUGUAUUUGUUCUUUGUUAUUUUGGACAAUGAUUGAAACAACGUAAAAGGGAAAAACAAUGUCAGUUGUAGCUGCUUGAGGGUUCAAUGUAUUGUUCCCCAAAAAAUAAGCAUUUAUAUAUGUGUGUGUGUAUAUACAGUGAAUAUAUGAAUAUAUUUUUACCCACUCACAGAGGUAUGCGAUCAGUUUUAGUCGAGUCAGAUUAAGAGGUAAACGUUUGUGUUGUUUUGUUUUGUCUUCUCACUCCUGUGUUGAAAUGUACAACUAUUGUCACCUGGUGUUUGGUGUCCUAACUACUCAACCAAAGUCUGUUGGAGGGAGACGUGGUUAAUGUAGUUCCCCAGGAGACUAAGCUGCCAGGCCUGCAGGUGCUGACUACACUGCUUUCUCAGCAGAGAAGCCCAGUGGCUGAUGGGAAAAGUAUUCACAAUCUGUGUGGGGACUGUAAGAGUCAAGUUGAUUGACAGGACAUGGAAUAGGGUUGGGGGUUGGGUUGAUGGCUUCAAUGCCAAACAGGGAUCUGCUACAUAAUUUCAUGUGAAGGAGUGGUAGUGAUUACAAUUCAUUGACUGCAAAUGUGGUCUUUAAAUAUCUGUUUUAUUUUUUUUUGUUGUUGUUUUUAUUUUUCUUAAAACCAUGUUAUUCAGCCAUUCCAUUUUGUAGUAGCAACACUACAUCCAGAUCUUAAUCUUUGGGAAGUUUGUAUGGACCAGAAUGUGUGAAGGCAACAUUUGUCUCCACCUACUGUUGGUUUUCUGUAAGCUCACCAUCUAAGAGGAUGGAUAGGAUAUGUGUUAUUGGCAGAGAAAUGUCCUGUAAUAGUCAAUGCCCAGGGGAUGUGAGCAAUGUUAAGGGAGUCACUCAUUUUACAGAGAAAGUCCAAAAUCGCCCCUUUACUGUGUAGUACAAGUUGGUGCUCAUGAGAAGAAAUUAUAGUGGACUCCAGGCAUUGUGUAUACGGGACUUUUCAAAGGAGAAGCAACGCCCGCUAGUAUUCAAUUCAUUUUUAAUGAGAAGCAGGCGGACAAAGCGGGAAAUCGGGAGAUUUCAGUGGUGUUACGGCGGGCGGGAGCAGUCCCGACAUUAAUGUCGCUUGCGUGCACAAAUUAAGAACAUGCCGGCCUGUAUCCAAGAUAUAGAGCUGAAUAUGUUCGGCUUUUGAGCUUUUGUUGUAUAUCUGAUUACAGGCGGGAGGGGUAGGGCAGAGAAUGUGGAGUGCUUUCCAUUUGAAAAGCACCUAAUGCUGUGUCUCAACUGUUUGUGGAAAUGCUUUGUUAAGAUGGUUUAACUAUAGCUUUAAAACUUAAUGUACCACCUCAUCCAAUACAGUGUCUAUUUCUUAAUAUACUGACUGAAUAUUAAAAGCGUGACUGAGGCACUCACCUGUAGCCACUACAGCGAAUGAAGGAAAAACUUGACAGGAUUUCAGUAUUUUGCAAACCAUUCGUCAGCCAUUACUUUUAAAUACCAUGUGUGUACUGUGAGUAGGAGAUGGCAGUGAUCUAAGAUAAGAUAACAUAUAAGCUGUGUGUAUGGAUGAGGGGUCAAGACUGCUAGGUACAUGCACACAUCAUUUGUGUAGCACAGGCCUGUAUGUCCCAUGGGGUCAGCUCCUGUGUAAAGGGAACUGAUGCCCUGACCUUAACUUCAGUGUGUUCAAGCCUCAGAGCACAUGGCUUUGUCCAGCGCAAGAGGCAGCCACAAGACUGGAGAGAUGGACUCUUGUGGUUCACGUUCCCAUAUCUGACACUCAUACAUUUUUUCUUUUAUUUCUUUUUGUAAGUGUGUUCAUGUUAAAUGGUCUACCGAAUGGGAAGUCCCUAAAUGCGUUUGUUGCUUUAUCAGUCUUACCUUUUUUUUUUGCGCCAAGUGUGUGGGCAGGCAGCCAGACAGACAGACAGCAGCGUGAGUGGUAGCGUUUGGUGAGGUCUAAAGCCCGGCUAGGGCAGAGUCACUGACCAAGGUCAGGUUCUUAACAUAUCUCACAGAAUGUACAGAAAUAUACUUUAUUACCAAGAGUCUCUUAAUAGCUGUAUAAAAAAAAAAGGGUCGAUCCUAAUGUCGAAUACCUGUAUUGUGAGGCAACUGUUAAAUCUUGAUUUUAUGUAGGUGUAUCAGUUGAGAAAUAAAAAUGGAAUAUGGAAGUCUUUA